AUGAUCUUCAUGGUGGCAAGUUUUGUGGGAACGGUUUCGCACACUGUAUCAAUUACCACCAAAGGGAACGUGGUUUGUAACUGUGCAGGGUUUUCAUCUGCAAAAGUCUCUUGUCACUCUUUAGCAGUUGCAGACAAAGAACAGUGCUUAAUAGACUUCCUAAGUAAAUUUGGAAGGAACCCCAUCGAAACAACAAAUUUGAGUACCCUGGCAAACACAGGAGUAAACAGAGAUGUUUCAGGGAAAAAGGGGCAGACAAACAAGACAAGGCGGCAAGCAGGCCGAAUAGAAAGUAAUCCUUCACGUGAAGAGUUCCACAGUUCCUAGACUUAACUCAGACAAAGCUGUACAAAGAUAUCUGGCAAAACGAUAAUCUAUUCAGCGUAGUUUUCAUUUCAGGGAACAUUAGUAAGUGUGCCUCUCGUGGAUUAUCCUUCCCAAAAACAAAUCGCCCUAUCCCAUACGACAUAGUGUUAAGGCAUCCAGAGAGAUACGAGUAUCCUGACAAAGACAAUCCAGGACAGACAAAAAGUCAUACAGAGAACGGAAUGCGUAUUAUCAUGUGGAUCCCCAGUGUGUCAAGCAGCGCCACCCUCAUUUCGACGCCUCAUUUCUCCGUGUUGACUACGAAAUCAAGAGCAAGUUAA